CGGACUCCAUCCAACAAGUUUCAGAUCAUGGACGAUAUAGCCCGUCCUCCAGUUCGUCUGCAAGCUGCCUCAUCACUCCCAAUCUCCUCCAAACAAGCUCUUUCUCGUGUCAAUAAGUUCCUCGACGAUUUUCAAGCUCGCAGUACACCCUCCAAGGGCAGUGAUACUUCAAUCACUGCCCAACUUCAGAAGCUGAGUAAAGCGAUUGAACAGGAGUGCAUCCGACAAUCAAAAUAACCGUGUCACGAG